UGGUGUUCGCUACAUCGAGACGCACUCAGUGAUUCGGUUUCGAGCGAUAAAGAUUCGUUGGCCCGUACCGUCCGGAACCCCUCUUUAGGCAGGGGUUCCACGAUUUCUACCUCAUUUGCAUGUCAGCCCGAGCAUUAGAACCACAUCGGCGGGAUCACAUGAGCGGAUAGCAGACUCGCAGAACGGCGCGCAACUACGGCUCGUGCUAAAUGUCGAAGGUUGUGCGGUGGUGAAAGUGUUUCUACUUAGCUAGAGAUAGUGUUCAUAGUAGCGUACCUAGUGCUGGUGUGAAAAUUAGUGAAGAUUUUCUUCUACCUCAAACACCCGCGAUGGAUCCGUCCGAUCACGAGGAGGCGAGCGUUCUCUACAGUCCCGGAAGGGAGCCCAAAAUUGUACCGCACAUAAACGCCAACGUGCGCAAGGAAACCAGAUGGACGUUUUGGUUGCUCACUACCGGUAUAUCGACCACGUUUGGUGCAGCUGUACCGACGGGCUACAACAUAGGCGUUAUCAAUGCACCGGCCAAUUUCAUCAAAAGCUGGUGCAAUGAUACUAUUUACGAAACGUACGGUACCGUAUUUUCUGAGGGCAAUCUGGAAACGUUCUGGUCGGCUGUCGUAUCGAUCUUCCUGAUCGGAGGUGUCAUUGGAUCGCUCGGUGGUGCGUGGGUUGCUGACAGGCUAGGAAGGAAGCGGUCCUUUCUAUUAUGUGGCUUUCUGCUUUUCUUCGGCGGUGUUUGCUUCCAGUUCUGCCAAACGCUGAGCUCCGUGGAGCUGCUUAUGAUCGGACGCUUCGUCGUCGGGCUAGCCGCAGGACUCACCACCAGCACGGUUCCAAUGUAUCUUACCGAGUUGGCCCCGCUAGGACUGCGUGGUGCGCUCGGUGUAUUCUGCUCGAUGGGCGUCACUGGCGGUGUGGUGGUUGGGCAAAUUAUGAGCCUGGAGGAGAUAUUCGGCACCGACGAUCACUGGCAGUUUGCGCUCAGCUUCUACGUCAUACUCGUGGUCAUGUUUUUCGUCCCAUAUCCCUGGCUGCCGGAAAGUCCCAAGUAUCUGUUCGUCAUUCGACGGCGCCAUGACGAGGCUGUGUAUGAGCUGAAGCGCGUUGCUGGUAGCAAAGUUCGGGACGAGUAUGUACGCGAGCAGAUCGAAGUGAUGCGCCGAGAGUGCACACCGGAGAGCGAUGAGGAAGCGUGCGGCGAUGGCAGUAGUGCAACGGCAAAGCCAAAGGAACGCUCCAUCUGGUCGGUGCUCAGAGAUCCAAUGCUGUUGCUACCGCUGGUUCUUGUCUGUGCCUUGCAGGGCGGUCAACAGUUGUCCGGAAUCAAUGCGGUAUUUUUCUACUCUGUAUCGAUCUUUGAGUCCGUUGGCUUAAGCUCGACCGAUGCCAAGUUUGCGAACCUGGGCGCCGGCUGUCUCAAUCUGUUCGUGGCGUUCUUCAGCCCCAUCCUGAUGGCCAAGUUUAACCGGCGCUUCCUGGCCCUUACAUCCUGUGCGAUGUGUGCAAUAUUUUUAUUCUGCCUCACGUUCAUCGUGUUCUUUAUUGACGACGUGGAAUGGUUUUCUUACGCAAGCAUCGUCGCCAUCUUGUUGUACAUUCUUUUCUACCAAAUUGGUCUUGGACCCAUCCCUUACUUUAUCGGUUCCGAACUGUUCGAGGUAGGGCCUCGACCCGCAGCCAUGGCCAUGGGCAGCUUGGCAUCGUGGGGAUGCAACUUCAUCGUGGCAAUGCUGUUCACCACGCUACAAAGUGCCUGGGGAGCGUUCGUAUUCCUGCCGUUUGCGUGUACGUGCGUGGCACUGACCGUUCUACUGAAGAUCUAUCUACCCGAGACGCGCGGUAAACACAUUUCGCAGAUUGUGCCACUCGUCGCUAAAGGCUUCAGCUCUAAACCGCUACUAGUGCCUUAAGAAGCGUGCGCCCAACGCACCUGCCACCUGCAAUAAUGACAAGCAAGAAGCUACACCGAAACAUGUUGUGAUUCUUAUAACCGUUGCUCAAAGGAAGAGGAGGGGCGUAGAAUUGAAGCAAAACAAAAACCACAAGUGGCUUAAUCGGUAAUCCUAAGCUUAGCAUCGUAUACUAGUACUUAGCCUAAGAAGAGCGUUAUUUUGUUUUAAACCCCAAAGUCAUUACACGAUAGAAUUGUUGUGAGAAUUUGAAAGCGCAAUAAUGACGAAACCAA